AUGAAUUCAAGUAAGAAAAAUGUUGAUCAGACAAAUCAAGAAGCUGGUGGCACCAACAAAAACCAAUUUUCAAGAACUCCAUCUGGUUCAAGACAGCAGUCAUGGACAAACUUUCAGAAUCCAAGAAUCGUGCGCGUUUCGCGUUCAUUUGGAGGUAAAGAUAGGCAUAGUAAGGUAUGCACUAUAAGAGGAUUGAGAGACAGGAGAAUUAGACUUUCAGUGUCUUCUGCAAUUCAAUUAUAUGAUCUUCAAAAUAGGCUUGGAUUAGGCCAACCUAGUAAAGUUGUAGACUGGUUACUUAAUGCCACUAAACAUGAAAUAGAUGAACUUCCACCAUUGCAAAUACCACCAAAAUCCUUCAAUCAAUUCCAUCAAAUAGAUGAUCAGUAUUUUGAUUCUACUUUGAGAGAAAUAUCCAAGGAAAUUACUACUACAAAUGAGCAAGAAAACCAAGAAAACAUCAACAAGAAAAGAAACUUACCAUCUGCUGACUGCUGCUCUGGUUAUGGCGAGAAGGAGAGGCGAGACGGCGGGAGGGAGACGACAAGUCGAGGAGAUAGAGUGCUGGAAGUCGAGGAGAUAGAGUGCUGGAAGCUUGGAAUUCGACGAGAUACAUUACUGCGGGUGGCUGCUGGUUGA